AUGAUCACACAUUUUGUACUAAUUCCGUUUGUUGUAAAUGCAAUCUAUCAAUACAAUGUGAAAUAUGGAGAAGUCAAAACACUCUUCAAUAUAAAUGAUGCUUUAGAGGCUGAAUUAAUUUUGAUAGAGUACUAAAAUCAAAAUUAUUCUAGUGCAAGUUAAUAAUAAUAUUGUUAUCUCCUUAAUCCUACAUUAAAGUUCUAAGAGCAAACAAUUCAUUAAUUAUAAGAAUAUUAGGAUUCCGAUGCUAAUGAUUUACUUAUAGACUUAAUUACAAUAAACAAUGACAUAUUGGUAGGGCUUACAAUAACUUCUAAUCUAUUCUACUUUUAUAAUUCUACUAAUACAACUACUCUUUAGAAAUUAAGUAUCAAUAUUGAUUAGGAAAUAUUACCAUAAUUGCUUUAUUCACCUUAAUAAUUAAUUAUUAUAUAUCCCAAGAUUGCAUAUUCAGUAGAUAAUUCAUCAAGUAACUAAUGGUAAAUGAUUCCCACUUUCUAAAGUAGAAACAAUCGCUACUUUUCAAAAAUAAUAAACUCUUAUUUAAUUUCUGUUGUUGGAAAAGAUGGCUUAGAUAUUUAUCGAAAUCUAACACUACUCAUCUCUCUAAAUUCUUAAACUAUUGGAAUUCAAUAAAUUGAUUUUAGAGACUUUGCUGUCUAUUAAUUUAAUGAUAGGAAAUUAUUACUAUUUAUCAUGUGUAAGAUGAAUGGAAUUUUGGUUAUAGAGGUAUCUAUACUAAGGGAUAUAAUCACCUAAAAGUUAUUACUCAAAUUUAUUGGACCUAAGUCUGAUGGCAUUGCAAUUGACCUACUUGAUGAAUCUAAUGUUUUUGUGGCAUAUAAAACUAGCCAUUAUUAUUAUCUAAUUCAUUACAAUAUUGAACCAUAUAAUAAAAAGUGGAGUUCCAUUGCUAGAUACAAUAUUUCUAAUCGAAUCAUAGAUAUCGAUGUUAAUGAAAACUAUGUUUUGGUCUAGGGAACAUAUAAUCAUCAUUAUAUCUAAUAUAAGAAAUAACUCAAAGUCAUCCAAUUUCGUAUGAGCUCCGUUAAACAGUUUAUAUCAUCCUAGAAUUUUAUCUACGGAACUACUUCUAAGUACUUAUUUCAAUUUAGACCUUUAAUUUAACCAUAUACAAUUAAAUGCUUUAUCGAGUGUAAAUUAAUUCAAUAGAAAUUUUAGCUGAUCAAUUCAUUAGAUAAAAAUAUAAAUUACAUUAUAAGACAUAAUUUGAUUGGUAGUAAACAGAAUUUGAAGUUCUUUUCAAUCAAAAUUCAUAUUCUAUAUCAACAAAUUUGAUAAUCUUGAUUCUAAUACUGAUUUUCAUAUUACUUCUUGCUAUUCUAAUUUUUUAUCAAUAUAAAAAACAAGUUUAAAUCAAUUAUGAGAAAAUUUAAUUGGAACAGAAUAUUAUAUAUUUACCUUAAAAUAGAGCUUCCAAAUUAUUAAUGCCACAUACCUUUAGAACUAAUUAACAACAAACUGAAUAAAAAAUGAAUACAAUCGCCAAUACAGAUGAAACAAUCUUUUAGAAAGAUAAAAAAGUAUUUUGA